AUGGCUUCAAGGACUCUUGCUGAGAAUAUUGAAUUAAAUGCAACUGAGCUCAUCUCUUCAAUUUAUGCAGAACAUGUUGCUGCCAGUAUCAACGUAGGGAUUGAUUUAGAGAAAAGAGUAUGUAGAGAUAUGAUAAAUGAGGUUGUUGAAAGUGUAGAUGAGGGUGUUACUGAAGUUAAGCCUGGGGAUCAUGGAUAUCAUUGUUCACAGUUUUAUGAGUUGGACAUCAAGUGGGAGAUUGUUGAGAAUGUGAAGUCCAACAGCCAAAUGAGCUCUUUCGAGCGUUUUGGGCCAAGAAGGGACAUAUAUUUGCCUCGAGACUAUUAUAGUGGGGAGCCACAUGGUUUUGGGUUUGUAGAAUUCAGGAGUUCUCUUGAUGUUGUUGAAGCACAAUACUAUAUGGAUGGACAUCUUUUUAGUGGACGUGAGUUGAUAAUUGUGUUUGCUAAAGACAACAGGAAGAGGCCUGAAGAAAUGAGAAUGAGGUCCUCUAGGAGGUCUCCAUUUGGGCAUAGAAGGUCUCCAUUUGGUUCAAAGCAAUGUAGAUCGAGGUCAAGGUUGUUAAGGUCACGUUCAAGGUUAAGCCGCACUUACCGUCCAAGGUCUCCAUUAGGGCAUAGAAGGUUUUCAUUUGGUUCGCAACAAUCUAGAUCAAGGUCAAGGUCAUUAAGGUCACAGUCACAUUCAAGACAUAGAUAUGAUUGA